AUGCCAGGUGAGGUCCUCACACAGCUUUAUUGGUACAUAUAUCCGCAUAGAAUUGUCUGCAAGAUUAAAUCUUUCUUCAACGUGUUCACAGUUACAGCUGAAGUAUUGUGUCUUCUUACAAUCGCCCUUGAUCGCUACAGAAAAAUUUGUACUCCGUUUGGGUGGCAGAUACAACCAAAGUUUGCCAUAGUUCUGUGUGGCGUGAUAUACGCCCUGGCGUUUAUCUUAGCGUUGCCAGUCGCUUUCUUUUGGGGAAUACAUCAUUCUGAAGAACAAUACCAGAAUCAUACCGUUUUUAAAACAGAAUGUGAAACGGACGAACAGUUCAACGGCACUAGUCAUCCGCUGAAAUACUCUAUCGCUGUAGAAUGUAUCAUUUCUAUUUGUCUCAGUGUGAUGAUUAUACUCUACCUAUUUGUUGCAAGAAAACUAGUUACAGGAAAACACAACAUAGUUGUGAAAUCAAAAAUCAAAGUUAAAGCGAAUUUUCCUUCGUCUCAACCGGGCGCUUCUUCGGAGGUCUUCGACAAAAAUGAGUAUGAACUGAGCUCGAGACAAGAAAACAGCGAUACAGAAUGCUCUUCUGAUGUAGAAAGUAAACCUAAGAAAGCCGAAUAUAAUUAUAUCUCAUCAGAUGGUGGACUGACAACAGAUGAGGCAGAAGACUCCACCGGUCGUACGAUAAAGCUCACGCUGCCGAUUGGAAAUACAGAAAAUCCUGUAAGAACACAAACAAAAUCACAGAAACUUACAAGCAAACGUGGAGUUGGGUUGCGAGUACGCAGAAAGACAAAGAUCGUUCUUAUACUCACUGUGUUGUUCAUAUUUACCACAAUUCUGUACUUGACACUUCUUUCGUUCAUUGCUAAAAAUAUGUUGCUGAAUAUGAGUGCAGGCGAGAAGACAGUGUAUUUCUUCUUCUUUCGACUGUAUUUCAUAAACCACGUGCUCAAUCCAGUUCUUUAUGGCUUUUUAGAUCCACAUUUUAAGAAGGUGAUGCUGCAACUGAAACACACAUUUUGUGUUUGUACUCCUCACAGUUUGCAAGAAAAUAAGUGA